CAGAGGUAAGUGAUUCACAUUUCACAUUUUAAUGAAGGGAAUAGGAGCAAGUUUCAAGUCAAGGGUCACUAAAUAUGCCAUCAUUUACUAACAAGGACUGUAAGCGUUCGUCAUUGCAACCAGACCCCCACGAUGUCGCUUUUUUAACUUUCAACAAUUUCAUAAAUAACAACAACGAUCUCGCAAUGAACGCCACAAUGAAGAUGGACACUGCGGGUGAUUCAAGUCGCUUGAGGAGAGUGUGCAUAGCAACAUGUAACCGUGCCGAUUACUCUAAGCUUGCUCCAAUAAUGAGCGCGGUGCAUAAAGAUCCAGCAUUUCACCUUAGCGUCAUCGUCCUUGGGUGCCAUCUUAUUGAUGAUUAUGGUUCCACCUAUAGGCUAAUAGAACAAGAUGGCUUUCCGGUUGAUGCUAAGCUUCACACGAUUGUCCGAGGAGAAGAUGAGGCAGCCAUGGUGGAGUCGGUAGGCUUAGCGUUGGUCAAACUCCCAGACGUUCUCAAAAGGGUUAAUCCGGACAUACUCGUCGUACAUGGUGACAGGUUCGAUGCUCUGUCUUUAUCAACUGCAGCAGCAUUGAUGAAUAUACGUAUUUUACACAUUGAAGGCGGUGAGGUUAGCGGGACAAUUGAUGAUAGCAUCCGCCACGCUGUUUCUAAACUUGCUCACUAUCACGCAUGCUGUACAGAGCGUGCACAGAGCCGACUUCUUACAAUGUGCGAGGAUAAUGAACGUAUAUUAUUGGCAGGUUGCCCAUCUUAUGAUAAACUGUUACAUGCGGACUUAACGAACCAUGAUGAAGUAAUAGCCAAGUGGAUCGAACCGGGAACAAAGUCAAAGGAAUAUGUAAUAGCAUUACUACAUCCGGUAACUACAAGCAUUCAAGAGUCCCUCAAGAUGUUUGGCCUUAUGUUGGACGCUUUGGACCAAUUAGGUGCAAUGACCCUUAUACUAUUUCCAAAUAUUGAUGCCGGGAGUAAAGAGAUUAUUCGCGUAAUGAGGUUAAAGGGCAUUGAACAUCAUCCCAAGUUUAGACCUGUUAAGCAUAUUCCUUUUGAGGAGUUUUUGGUUCUUAUCGCACAUGCCGGUUGCAUGAUAGGUAACAGCAGUGCUGGUGUACGUGAGGCUGGUGCUUUUGGUACCCCUGUUGUAAACCUUGGUUCCAGGCAGACUGGUCGUGAAACAGGUGAGAACGUGCUUCACUGUCGAGAUGCGGACACAACAACGAAGAUCAAACAUGCUUUGGAUAUUCAAUUUCAGAAACAGUUCCCACCGUCUUACAUUUAUGGUGAUGGUCAAGCUGUCCCUCGUAUCGUGAAAUUCCUGAAAGCGAUGAGUCUAAAAGAUGAGAUCCAAAAGUCUUUUGUCUUCCCACCGAUGCCAGACAGCAAGAGCAUGGAUAUUGACCAUAUUCUUGAAAUUCAGAGCGCCCUCGCAGUUGACUUAGGUGGAACGCAUCUUAGGGUCGCGAUAGUCACAAACUCAGGAGAGAUUGUUCAUAAGCUAUCAAAAUCAACACCAGACACCAACGAGGGAAAAUUAUUAGAGUUGCUGAACAUGCUCCAAGAGGCUAGCGUAAAAGCUAUAGAUCUAAACUGCAGAGUUCUUGGAGUUGGCAUUAGUACAGGUGGAAGAGUAAAUCCACGAUCUGGAAUUGUUAUGCACUCAACCAAAGCUCUUGAUGGAUGGGAUGAGAUUGACCUUAGGUCGCCUAUUUCAGCCAAGCUGCACCUUCCUGUUUGGGUUGAUAAUGAUGGAAACUGCGCUGCCCUAGGUGAACGGAAGUUUGGUCAUGGCAAAAAUGUUGAAGAUUUUAUUACAAUUGCCACAGGAACAGGAAUUGGUGGCGGUAUUGUACUUGGUUCAAAGCUCAUACACGGCAAUAAUUUCUGCGCUGCUGAACUGGGGCAUGUCAAAGUGUCUCUGGAUGGUCCUGCAUGCCUGUGUGGAAGCAGCGGCUGUGCAGAAGCCUAUGCAUCAGGUGCUGCACUUCAGAGGGCAGCAGUCAAACUCAAUGAAGCCGGUGAACUGUUCACCAAUGGUUACAAGCAAGAUGGUGAUGCAGAAAUCAGCGCCAAACAUCUCAUUCAAGCCGCGAAACUUGGCAAUCAAAAGGCACAGGCUGUACUAGAUCUAGGUGCAAAAGCAAUGGGCUCUGCUGUUACUAGUAUGUUGCACGUGAUGAAUCCAUCCCUCGUUAUUCUAUGCGGAAUUUUUGCACCAUUGUACGUCCAUGAGGUGCGUAGGAUGAUAGAUGAGGAUGCAUUGCGAUCGGCUAGGCACGUUGAUAUCAAGGCUUCAGCACUCACUGAACCAGCUCUGCUAGGAGCAGCCAGUAUUGUGCUCGAGUAUGCAACAAGGCGUGCUUAUUAAGUGUGCUUGAAUGAUGGGUUGGCAUAUCAUGGAGAAUUACUGCAGUGCAUCGAUAUUAGAACUCUCAAGUAAUUGGAAAUAGUGGAUGUCUAUAAUUACACUUACAAGAUAAUGAAAACAAUGACAUAAAUUUGAAAUCUAAUUAUGUGUAUGAGUCCCAAAUUGACUCAAAUAUUAUCCGAUAUUUACAGUUAAAUCAAAUUUAGUGCAUAGUGUAUACACUACACAUACAACUAGAUUUAUUAAUAUUAUUAUUACAAUUAUUAACUUUAUUAAAAUUCUUAGAUCUGAUAGUGAUGCCACAGAGCACAUUUACACUAUACACACAACAGAACUUCGGUGAAAACGCAUUGAUGAGCUUUUAUUUACUAUAACGUAUUAGACUUGCUUUUGUGAUUCAAAACAUUAAAUCCAUGUUGAAUCAUGAUUAAUUGCAUAGAUCAGGUAAAACCGCAAUUUGAAGCCCUGAGCUUCUUUCUUUUUGCGAACUUUGGAUGGGCUUCUUUUUGAGAUGGGCUUCCUUUCGAGGCUAAUUUUGCAAAGUAAAGAGGGGGCUUCUUUUCAAAAUGAAUAUUGAAAAUUUUGGAAAUUACUACUAUUAUAC